AAUGACUACGAUUUAACCAAACCUCAUGAAAUAGAAAAUGUGGACAGUGCAGAAGGCCCAGCCAACGAAGAAGAGGAUAUGGGAGCAAGUGCGGAGGCAAGACACAUCAAGGCAGAGAUGGGAAGUGAAAGAGCUCUCGUUCUGGACAGAUUAGCAAGCAAUGUGGCAAAACGAAAAAGCUCAAUGCCUCAGAAAUUCAUUGGUGAGAAGCGCCCCUGCUUUGACUAUAAUUCCAGCUAUAUGUACGAGAAAGAGAACGAGAUCAUACAGACCCGAAUGAUGGACCAAGCCAUCAACAACGCCAUCAGCUAUCUCGGUGCCGAAGCCCUGCGCCCCCUGGUGCAGACGCCACCCGCCCCCACCUCGGAGAUGGUCCCGGUGAUCAGCAGCCUGUACCCCAUUGCCCUCACACGCACCGAGAUGCCAAACGGGGCCCCCCAGGACCUAGAAAAGAAGAACCUCCACCUGCCAGAGAAGAGCCUGCCUUCUGAGAGAGGCCUGUCCCCCAACAACAGCGGCCACGACUCCACAGACACGGACAGCAACCACGAAGACCGCCAGGGUCACCUCUACCAGCAGAACCACAUGAUCCCUGCGCGGGCCCGCAACGGGAUGCCCCUCCUGAAGGAGGUGCCCCGCCCGUACGAACUCCUCAAGCCCCCAGCCGUCUGCCCCCGGGACUCUCUCAAAGUGAUCAACAAGGAGGGGGAGGUGAUGGAUGUGUACCGGUGCGACCACUGCCGGGUGCUCUUCCUGGAUUACGUGAUGUUCACCAUCCACAUGGGCUGCCACGGCUUCCGUGACCCUUUCGAGUGUAACAUGUGCGGCUAUCGGAGCCAUGACCGGUACGAGUUUUCGUCCCACAUAGCCAGGGGCGAGCACCGGGCCAUGCUGAAGUGA